AACAUCAGCCUCUUAGAUCCGUAAUAUAUAGAUAAUAUCCACAAACGAAAGGCCUAUAUUCAUCAGCGUCUUAGAUCCAGCAUGGUAGGUCAAAGUUGGCCGGUAUGGACGGCGAUUCUCUCCCUCGUGUUUUAUUACCUAUGGCGGAAGAAGGUAAUGGGAGCCGGCCUGAGCGGCGUGGGAUUACCUCCAGGUCCUCGGGGCCUGCCCAUCCUUGGCAGCCUCCUCUUGCUGGGCAAGAACCCUCACCACGACCUCCACAGGCUGGCCCAGAAGUAUGGCCCCAUCAUGCACCUAAGGCUUGGGCUUGUGCCGGUAAUUGUCAUCUCCUCCCCGGAGGCUGCCGAGUUGUUCCUCAAGACCCAUGACCUCAUCUUUGCCAGCAGGCCACCUCUUGAGGCCUUAUGGUACAUGACUUGGAAGCAGAGGACGCUCUCAUUUUCACCAUACGGGACUUACUGGCGGAACGUCCGGAAGAUGUGCCUGCUCGAGCUGCUAAGCGCGCAUAAGAUCAAGUCUUUCGAGGGCAUGAGGAGAGAGGAGGUUGGGAUGAUGGUUGAGUCCCUGAGAGCGGCAGCGCUUAAAGGCACUGCGGUGGACAUCACAUCCAAGGUGUCGGCGCUGAGCAGGAAUAUGAGCUGCUUGAUGGUAUUAGGGAAGAAGUACAUGGACGAGGAGUUUGAUGAGAAAGGGUUCCAGGCAGUGAUUCAAGAGGGCAUGCAAUUAACGGCAACUCCCAAUCUGGGAGAUUACAUUCCGUACGUUCGGGCACUGGAUCUCCAGCGGCUGAAGAAGCGGAUGAAGGCGGUAAGGAAGGCGUUCGAUUCCUUCUUUGAGAAGAUCAUCGACGAGCAUGUCCAGAAUCCAAAAAGGGAAGGGGAUACGAAAGAUUUUGUUGAUGUCGUGUUGGGAUUUCUUGGGUCAGAGGAGACUGAGUAUCGUAUCGAUCGCACCCAUAUUAAAGCCAUUAUUUUGGACAUGCUAGUAGCCUCUAUGGACACUUCAACGACGGCAAUCGACUGGACCAUGUCGGAGCUCCUGAGGAAUCCACGAGUCAUGCAAAAGUUGCAACAGGAACUAGAGAAGGUGGUUGGCCUAGACAGACCCGUCGAGGAAUCCGACCUAGAAAAUUUGCACUACUUGGACAUGGUCAUCAAGGAAAGCCUAAGGCUAUACCCGGUUUUACCACUGUUGCUGCCCCGCGAGGCCCUCGAGGGCUGCAUCAUCGACGGGUUCCACAUACCGAGGAAGUCUCGGGUCAUUGUGAAUGCAUAUGCCAUAGGCAGGGACCCGAGCGCAUGGCCCAAUCCGGAGAUGUUCUGGCCUGAGAGGUUCGAGGGGAGCGAUGUGGAUGUUCAAGGACACAACUUCCAGCUCAUCCCAUUUGGUUCUGGACGAAGAAGUUGCCCAGGAUUGCAGCUGGGCCUGACUGUCAUGAAGUUCGUCUUGGCGCAGCUUUCUCACUCCUUCAAAUGGGAGCUUCCAGAGGGCAUGCAGCCAGAGGAUCUGGACAUGACCGAGCAGUUCGGACUCACAACUCCUCGAGCCGAGCAUUUGCUGGCUAUACCCUCAUAUCGGCUCAAAACGUGUUGAGUUCGACUGCCAUUUCCUGUCGGUGGAUCGAUAGUCCUUUUUUCUUAGUUAUUAUUCUUUCCUGCUCAGAUAAGUUCGACGAGCCGAUUGAUAAAUUUACCGAAGUCUUCUGGACGAGUAUAAUCGCUGCAAUGGUAUGAGUGAAUGGAGGUUUGGCAAUUCUUAGGCGACAACCAUCUCGAACCUUCUGGGUCACUAUUGAUAAUAUACUUGUUUGGGCCCAAUUGUUUGUGUUUUGGGCAAAAGCCUCAUAUGCUUAGUAAUUGUUAGGCUUCUUGAAUGCAUUAUUUGCUAGGUUCGGCGUGCGUA